AUGGUGCGCUAUUGGUUGCAUCGGAGUGCCCGGGUGCAGAAGCUGGUUGCGCCUCACGUGCAGAAGCUUUUCCCGUUUCACAAACCAGAGCUAGAAGGUGUCUCUCCAGUUAACGCCUCAUAUAGUGGAAAAGUUGUCAAAGCUCCCUUUGAUCUUGCGAUUGGCAAGGUUGUCCCCUUUGGUCAGAAAAUCUCAGCAUCGAGAAAGGACAUAAUAAAAGUCAAAAUACACAAAUUAUGUCUUAAUAAAUUCCUCCUCAGGUACUUUUACCAGACGCGAACGUACUGGGUGCACAGAGGGGACGCGGACGUCGAUAUCGGGGACAUUGUGUUGGUGGAGCGCUGUGACCCCCCAGUGGCAUUUAAUGCUGUUUACAAGCUCAAAAAAGUAGUCUUCAACGUCGGAAACAUCACCGAUCCCAUGAGUGGCCUAAGAUGCGAGGGUCCCGACUUCCCCGCGGACGUGAUGCAGCAAUGGCUCGACGAGCAUCAACACAAACCCCGGACCUCGCACCGCUACACAUUGCCUGUCUAA